UACAAAAACCCCUGCUUGUAGUCCCAGCCCAACCCAACACUUCAUCAUAUAAACCUUCAUCUAUUGACUCAUCAUCCAUAACAACAUCAAGCUCAGCCGGGAACCUUUGAGUUGUAUUUGAUGAUCAAUUGAACAUCAGACCACAUUGCUAGAACUUUGCACAUUCGGUUUUCAUUGGCAUGUGUCAAAUUUGUGACCCGUGUCAGUGGAUAGACUUUUAAACUGUUGUAUUUUGUGUUUGCUAAACAAGGAAAUUGGUUUUUAAAUGUCUUUACUGGAGAAGAUAGUUGUGAUAGAAGGACAUGGAGAAGAUGGCACUGAAUUUCCAUUCACACUGCCCUGUCUAUUCGGAAGGAAGCUGGACUGUGAUAAUCAUAUUCAGCUGCCGCAGGUGUCAGAUGAGCACCGUAAAAUAGAGCUGAAUGAGAACAACGAGCUCAUUUUGACCAAUUUAAGCUCUGUGAACCCCUCACGUAUUAAUGGACACGUCAUUAAUCAAUCUGAACAGUUAAAGCAUGGUGAUCUCAUCAUUGAUCGUUCUUUCAGGUUCGACCCACCUCCCAAGACACUGACAGCUGGACAAGACAAAACAGUUCAGGCUUUGCAAGAGCAGCAGGAAAAAAGCACACCCGUUCAUCCAGAGAAGAGGAAGUCAGAACAUUCAUUUGACACUUGUUUAAGAGAUGGGUCAAAUUUACCACCAUCUGUGGAUCAAUCUGUUGAGAAUGAUCCUUUUUCUGAGCUCUACCAAAGUAGUUCUACCAAAAAAACAGACAUUGUUGCGAAAUCACCAUGGAAAUUUGAGCAACCAAAAACACCUCUUGCAAGACCUCAUGUUGAUCACGAAGAAGCUCCCGCUGCAGAUGUUAAAUGUAGCCCUGAACCGGUAACACCUCCAGAACUGGAUUUCAAGGUUCAUGAAUGUGCAGCUCUUCCCCAGAUCUCAUUUCCUGCAGGUCAGGAAGAGAAACCUGCUGGUGAAAUGCCGUCUGUAGGGUCCGUCACCUCCUCUUUGACAGAGAAAGGUGUAACUCCUGUCUCCCAGAAGAGGAGAAACCCCUUGAAAACGCCUCAGAAGUUCAGUGCUUGUGAGAUUGUCCAGCAAAAUCUCUCAGAGCCUCAGCCUGAGGAGAAAACUCCCAAAUCCCUGGAAGGAAGGAGAAGUGUUGGAUCACAGGAUCAGAGCCUUGAUCUCCAAAUGCCUUUGGGCCAGCCUCAGACUCCAGGCUCAAUAGGCAAGAACACUGAAGUGAAAAUGUCACCAAGAACAUCCAUAAGACCAAAUGCUGGCAAAAGGUUUCAAGUCCAAGGUGCUCCAUAUGAGAUUAGGGCAAUACCUAGUUAUAGGAUCAAAGGGCUCCAGGUGCGGACAGCUGAAUUUAUUAAAAUGAGGGCUGACCAUGACUAUUUAUUUACCGGGGACAAAAACUCAGCCAGUGAGGCUUGGGGGGAAGUUCUGAAGAAAAUGGGCCUGCUGGGGAAGCACACUCCCACAGAGGCCAGAGGAAAAUGGAAGUACUUAAAAAAAAAAUACAAAGAUUGCAUACGUAAGGGAGAGAGUGCUAAAACUUGGCAGUGGUUUGCCCUCAUGGAUAAGGUGUUGGGAAAGAGACAUUCAACCAACCCCCGUUUCCAACUUGCCUCCUCCCCUGAAGACACACCAGACUCAAGUUCAGCAGAAGAUGAGGAGGAGCCACGACCACCACCAGCCAAGAGAAAAAGAGGCCAUGUCGAUGAGCUGAUCGAGAUAUCAGAUGAGAGCACACAGUCCCCGACCCAAACCCAGGCCAACACCCCACAGCCCGGAUCUCCUGACUCCCCUUAUGUGCCAUCACUCUUCACACCUAAAACUUCUCGCCGCACUCUCGCUUUAGAGAGAACGGCUGAGGAAGAUCAGCCAUGUGUCCUGAACGGCAUUAAUAGCAAGCCAGAUGAGGUAGAGCAUUUUCUUUUAAGUUUAGCUGGGCCAUUGAGACACCUUCCUCCACGCUCUCGAUCCGAGGUUAAAAUCAAAUUUCAACAGAUUUUACAUGAAGCAGAAUUUAACAAUCAGGAAAACAGUAUCAGGCAUACAUAAACAAACACACACACACACACACACACACACACACACACACACACACAUUCACUUUCAAAUAGACAAAACAAAUGAAUACAUAUGUAACAAUCAACUUUAUUUUUAGGGGCCAAGCACCGAAGGUGCAGAGACACUUUUUGAAAUCGUUGGCGUUCUUAUUAAUAUUCUUCUUCCAUUUCUUCUUCUUCUUUCGCUCUGGAAGUCUAUGGCAGCACAUAGAACCGUUUGCGGGAAAGUUAUGAAGUCUGUCUGAACUGUCACUAUAGCAAAUUUGGAGUCUCUAACUCAAUCCCUCUAGCACCUCAAACUUUCCAAAUUUUCACUCAUGUUUAUGCUUAUAACUUUUGAACCGUAAGGGCUAGAAAACCAAAACUUUCCCCAAUGAUUCCAUGACUCAAGUCGAUUUGAUUGUAAAAUUUGCCCGCCAUUUUGAAUUCAAAGAAGAAAAAAAACUUUUUCGAACUCCAACUAUGCUGUUGCUCCGAUUUUUGAACAAAAAUUUAAAUAGACCAAAGAGCUGUUGAAGGACACCAGGAAGAAAAUUGCAGCUGCACCAGGCUGGGAAGAGUGGAUCUACAAUAGGCGAGCAGCUUGGUGUGAAAAAAUCAACUGUGGGAGUUAUUGUAAGAAAAUGGAAGACAUACAAGACCACUGAUAAUCUCCCUCGAUCUGGGGCUCCACGCAAGAUCUCAUCUUGUGGGGUCAAAAAUUAUCAUGAGAACGGUGAGCAAAAAUCCCAGAACUACACGCAGGGGAUGCUGGGACCUGCAGAGAGCUGGGACCAAAGUAACAAAGGCUACCGUAAGUAACACACUACACCGAGAGGGACUCUAAUCCUGCAGUGCCAGGCGUGUCCCCCUGCUUAAGCCAAUACAUGUCCAGGUCCGUCUAAAGUUUUCCAGAGAGCAUAUGGAUGACUCGUUGUGUUUGGAGGAAGAAGAAUGCAGAGUUGCAUCCCAAGAACACUAUACCUACUGU